GCGACGUGAACAGGUCAUUCAGAUGCGCCAGCGCGUCAUUUGCUGCAACGCAAUCCCAGCCAUCCCGAACUCCCAGUAUCCCCGGCGUCAUGUACCGUUAUUCCUCCAUAUCAGCCGUCUGACCUACUGAACAGAAGUUGAAGAACUGCUGCUGAUAUUAUGGACGGAAUUCCAACAUGAACUGAAGUUAAUUUAUUUGAUAAGAAGCGCUGCGUGGUGUGCAGCAUUUGUGGACAGUGGUGUGGAUGUAGCAAUGGUGCUGGAUCUAAGUGAAAACUGCAUGGAGCAGGCUAAUGGAGGAGGGCUCGCAAAGAAUGUCUCAGAAAUGUUAGAACCAGAGCCCAGCACAGAGAAACCCAAACCUGUCAGAGCCAGGACCAGCAGUAUCACCCAAAAAGACAAAUCGACCCACAAUGGGCCUCAUGCGCAGCCUUGUACCACUUGGGAUGGCUGCUCCCAAGUUCAGCGACGGCUCCAGAAGACGGAAAGUAGAAAUAAAGAUGAAGCUGCGCAGCCAAGGGAACCUUCCAAACCCCCACCUUAUCGAAGGCCACUUAGUCUGGAAAUAAAACCACAGCGAAUUAGAGCAACGCAGCCAGUGCAGAAGGUGAUACAGCCACCGUGGCGUAGUGGUGGCUCUUCUCCACCCAUGCGAAGCCUGACAAGCCUUAGUUUGGGGCCAGGAAACUGGCUUCGCCGGAGUGAGAGCACAUGCACAAUGAACUCCACGACAGCCCAACGUGCUGGCAGGGGUCAAAUGAGGCCUGCAACCUCCUUGCCAUAUAUUGCCAGGGGUAUGGCACCACUUCCUUCGCCUUCAACACCUCGUGGGCCAUGUCUGCUUGUGGCUCUUCGUCCCAUAAACCUGGAACAGGAGCGUCAGACCUUUUUUCAGUCUAACUAUCAGUAUGAGCCCCAGUUUGAGUAUGCCUCCCCAGAGCCCAUCAGUGUUUUGGAGAAGUACAGAGAGGGCUCCAGUCUCUUUCUGUCCCAGGCAGUUGGGAUUAUGGAGUGUGUGUUGAGGAAGUAUGAGACCUAUGAAAACUUUGAAGAAGUCACAGGGGGCAGCUUGCUACCGAAGAGUCAAGUGUGGGCAGCCUCACGCAAGUACCUACAGAAGGAGGGCUGUGUCGGUGAGGUGGUUGUAAGUCUCUCUGAUGAGCUUCUGUCCCAGGCAGUAAUGAUGGUGGAGAGAUGUCGACCAACACUAACUAUUAACUUGUCAGGAGCACGGCAACAUUGGCUUGAGGGCAUGCUUAGACAUGAGAUUGGCACACAUUACUUACGGGGUGUGAAUAACAGCAUGCAGCCAUGGGCCACUUCUGUUGGGAGAAAGCAGUUUGGACUGAAACCAGCUAAUCCUACUGAAGAGGGGCUUGCUAGUCUUCACAGUGUGUUGCUACGGAAACAGCCCUUCCUGUGGCGAGCCGCUCUGCUAUACUAUACUGUAUACCAUGCCACAAACAUGAGCUUCAGCCAACUGUUCAGCCAUAUUGCUCACUUUGUCCAAGAUCCUGCUGUACGUUGGGAAUACUGUCUCCGCGCCAAACGAGGACAGACAGAUACCUCGAAACCAGUAAAGAUCAGGUCUACCUUGUCCUAUGAAGAUGUGGACAGACUUCGGCAUUUGGCUGUUCUAAAUGGAACUAGGAUUCCUCACUUCAUGCAGGAUGAAGAUCGUUAUCUUCAACACCUCGACCACAUUGUCGCAGUGAAUGAACUGAGCGAUGCAGAGCUUCAAGAGCUCAUUCCAUGAAGAGUUGCAAAAAAAUAUCAAAACCAUUCUUUUCUUUUUCUUUUUUCCCCCAGGCCAGAAAAUUGGGAUUUUUCAAACAUCUGAUUGAUAUAAUUUGGAUGGUUUUUCAUGAAAACGUGAUCCUUGAUAAUCAUCCAUAGAAAGAAUUACGUACAGCAUGGUUGUGUCCAAUGAUUGUUGUAGUACUUUGCUACAUUAAUUGCCAUAUUACUCAGUAAGUCUGUUUACAAAAACAAUGAUUGUCUGUUUUAAAACCAUAUGACUCUCAGGCAUGAAAGACAUGUUUGGAUUCUUGCAAACUUAAGGUAUGUUCGGAAUGGCAUACUACCAUACUCGUGCAAUUUUUUUAGUAUACUGUGUGCACUAUGCAAAUUUUAUGAAUACAUAAAUGAUGUAGUACAUUAUGCCAAAGUGUGCAGUACUGUAAUGCAGUGGGCUUGACUUAACCUUCUGUUUCCAGUAUUAUGACCGAACCAAAAGAUUUCUCGCCUUGAUUCAUUAGCUGAUUAGACUGAACAAAAUAAGAUAUAAAUGCUAAAUAGUUGUAAUUAUUUCAGAGUUGACAAUUGGAUGUCACGUGUUGAUUUAAACAUGCAUCGUAAGACAACAGAAAAUUGCCUUGCAUACUGUUUUUAAUUAACUACAUUGUAUGCAGUAUCUAGUAUUCCAUUCCGAACACCACCAUACUCAUGAGAAGCUGAAAGAUGGUCUUGUAGCAUUUUAACUGCACUCAUAAUGUAAUGGGCACAUCCCAACAUGCUAGGUAUUGAUAUCUCACACAAGGCAGAACUAUGUGAGCACUAAAUCAAAUGAUUUACCCUGACAGUAUUUAUAUGAGAAUUCACACGUGAACUUAUGAGCACUUCAUUUAGUUUCCUGUUAGGUUCUUCUAUUAGUUUUUCAGUUUCUCUAUUUAUUUAUUGUUUACCUCUUGUAGUCAUGUUAAACACUGAUUGUCUGUGGUAUUAGCUUUAUACACAAGUAGCAAACGCAUUUUUUUUCUUCAACUUAGUAUAGCAAGCAAUGCAAAAAGACACCAAGGCUGACUCAUUUCAACAAAACAUUCAUUGAGAACCUUAUGAAAAAGAAAAUUACACUAAUGAAAAAACUGCCCCCUUUGACACAAUUUUUCCUCAUCAGGGCUUAUGAAAUGCUAGUAUUCUAUCUAGAGAUAAUCAGUGUUCUUCUGAGGGCACCCUUGGUGGUCUUUAUUACCUGUGCUAAUGUGAUGCAACACCUUUGUAGGAGAGUUGCCACUGCAACCUCUGCUUUUCGUACUUGUUUAAAAGCAGUCCAGCUGGCCAGCUUCCUCACUGUGCAUAUUAAAAUUGUGACGGACUCAGGAAGAAAAAAAAAAAAGGUCAUGUGGAUGUGCCUUAUAUGGGUUCCAAACUCAUGCGUCAUGCCAUUAGCUACAUGUUAUAUGCUUGAAAUCACAUAUACAUUUGUAUUUAUUAUCAUUGUCAGUACUGCACGAAAAUUGCACACUUCACGAUAAGUUGCUGUUAUCUUAUUAAAACUGUACACUGAA